CCCGAUUACUAGCUGCUCGUCCCCGAGGAUUCUGUCGAAAAUCCGAAAUUUUCCGGGGAAAUCAUCGACAGAGAAUGGACGGGAAUCUGGAAGUCUCGCUCGACAAGCUUCCUAUCAAGCGUUUGGAUUCCAUUGAAGAAAACGGUGUCGAACGAUUCCCUCCAGAUGUAGGAUACGAUGAGACGCGGCUUUCCCUGAUUCGGCGAAUCGACUUUGCGUGGGCGGUGGAGAAAGAUGACAAGAAGAAGCAGAAGAAGAGCUCUAAGGAGAGCUCAACGCCAUGGCAAUGGCAGAGCAUGGUGGAGAAUUUACAGUUAGCUCAUCAGGAGCUCUCUGUUAUCAUAGAUCUCAUCAACACCGUGGAAGCUAACGAUGCAGUAACAGUGGCUGGUAUGACCAGGCCAAAGCCUUUGCCAAAUGAAUUACUCUCUGACCUUUCUGCAUCUGCAGCAACCAAGCUACAAUGCUUUCGGCAUCUUGGUAAAUAUUUUAAGCAGUCUGCCAAUGCUUUGGAUCAGCAGGUUGCUCGGGAAGCAAGAUUUUAUGGUGCUCUGAUUAGACUGCAGCAAAACUGGAAAGUUAAACGGCAGCGAGGGGCAGCUUCAGGUCCUGGAAGUGAAGGCUUCACAAUUGAUCUAUUUGACAAUUCACUUUAUGAUCCAGCAGCUGUAUUUCGUCCAUCAUCUCUAUCUACCAUUCGUGUUGACCAUGACUCUGCUGGCAUGCUUUCAAUAAAUUUACCUCCCAAGUCAUGCCACUCUCUUCAAUUUAGUUUCCUUGGUGGACACUCAGGUGAGAGUCUACAGGAACCCUAUAAAACCAAAACCUAUUCCUCAGUGGACUAUCGCUCGAGAGAAAGUGAGAAAGAAUCUAUGAGCGAUGAUGAGUGUGUUAAAGAAACGCAUUCACUCCUUCGUGAAACUCAUCAAGCAAUCUUUGAUGAGCAGGUGUUUGAUUUGGUCAAUCGUGAAGCAUUUAACCCAUCUCUAGGAGUUAAUGUGACUGGUAUACGAGAAAAUUAUCUACAAUUGAGCAUUGGUCAAGGAACAUCUGUCUUCAUAUCACUUGUGCCGUCUAGUCAAGGAGACCAAACAGCUGAAAGUUUAGGCUCCCAGAAUUUAGAAAAUGCAAUAUUACCUUUAGACUCGUUGGAAGGAGUGAAAUUACCGGAGGAAGAACAUGAUACCCCUAAGAAGUGGGGAUUUCCCAAUCAUAUUAGCUAUGAAAUAUACCUGCAACAGAUUUUCCAUGAGCAUAUUCUUGUAAAAGCAAAGGAAAAGCCGGUUUUCACUCGUUCGCAAGUAUCUGGUCAAGGAGCAAAGGAUGGGUCCAGUCUCUUGGGUCAUUUCUGUCUGUCUCUGGCUCAUCGAAUAUUUUCCAACAAAGUUCUUAUGGAGUUGGAAAAUGUGGUUUGCAGGGUCCCUUAUCUCCAGUUGAUAUCUCAUCCAACUUGGCAUUCUCGCACAUCUUCGUGGACAGUCUUCAUGAAGGUUCCUCAGUCGAUUCUUCAUGCAGGUUGCCAAGCCCGAACGUCAAACAACCCUCGUGUAAAGAAUGUCAUUAAAUCACAGUUCCGGACCAAGGUGGUAGUAAAUGAUGAUUGCAUCAACAUAGAAGGGGAAGGCGCUCCUAAUGUUCUUGGCCUGUUCAAAGGGAAUUCAGAGGAAAUUUCUUCUAUGAACAGAUACGAUUGUGACUUGGCAGAUCUUCCCGUGACAAUUUUGCAGCAGGUUGCAAGCCAAGUUAUUGGUUGGCUUCAUGAGGAGGCUCUUUCAGUAGGGAUAAAGGUGAACAGGGAUUUCCUAUGCUUAUCCUUUGAGCUGGAACAGGGCGAAAUCGUUAGCCUGGUGGCACAUGUGGACCCAGAAGAUAAUCAGGGAUGCAUCUCCUGGUGGUUGGUUAUGGAGGAUGGUUUCGCCGAGGAGCAAAAACUUCACAUGGAUGGUUCCGAUGGUGCAUCAGAAUAUAGGAAGUUCUUAGGCCAUUUGUCCCUCGAUGUGUUAUAUUCAACACUGAUGGAUUUGGUGAGCUUGUGCAGUGGAGGUGGUAGCCAAUGAUCUGUCUUUCUUUCCCCUUUUGGCACUCGAAAAUAGGAGGAGAUAUGCUCCUCCUUGCUUCUUUAGCAGCAGACUUUGCAUGUAAUAUCAGCUUUAAGCUGCUUAAUCAAUUUAGAACUUGUUUCAUU